AUGCCGGAUCCAAAUUUGGUGGUUUCAACGAACGUCAAGUCGGCGCGUUUGGAGUUUUUAGGAGAUGAAGAAAUCCGCAAGUUAUCUUGUUGUCGUGUUGUAUCUCCUGCUGCCUUUGCAGCUCCAGACUUGAGUACUGGCUCUAAGAAGCAGUGGGCAGCCGAUGCAACUGGCGCUGCAGCAGCAGCAGCUGCAGCAGCAGCAGGGCUUGCUGCUGCUGUUCCAGGGGGGCUUCAUGACAGCCGCAUGGGGGUCUUCGAUGGAAGGGAAACAUGCGGCACCUGCGGGGCCUCCGGCAGCUGCCCAGGCCAUAUCGGCCACAUAGAGCUCGAGUUACCAGCCUUGCAGCCGAUUCUGAUGCCUUCUCUUGUUAAGCUCCUCAAGGGAGUUUGUUUGCAAUGCCGUAGGCUACGGAUGCCUCGUCAGCAGAAGGGCUUGGAGGCGAAGAGGUUUCAGUUGUUGCAGCUGCUGCUGCUGAAGGAGCUGCAGCUAAUGGACUCCGCUGUGACUCGCAGCAGCAGCAGCAGCAACGUUGGGGAUGCAGAGGAAUUUAAAAGGAGGUCGGAUAUACUGAAGAUAUUUGCUGCUGUCGAUGCAGAACUUAACGCUCGCAUGCAGCAGGAGCAGCAGCAGGAGCAGCAGCAGCUUGGAGAGCAGCAGCUACUGGAGAACCCGGCGGAUUCGGGCGCAUCAGAAGCAGCAGCAGCAGCAGCAGAGUCAAAGAAGGCUUUCAUGCUGCAGCAUAUUGCAAGCGAUCUGAGUGGCAGCAGCCUUCAGGUGUCCACGUGGCGGGCCUUCCGCAGCCGAGUUCUUGAGCAGGCAGCAGCAGUGCCUCGCUGCAGCUACUGCGGCGUCGCGAAUGCAGUGUCUGUACACCUGGCGCCGAAGGGUUCAGGGGUGGAGUUGCGAUGGCCUUGGCAAUUAUCUCUUCCAUAUACCGGCACCAGCUUUUUGGGGUCUUUGUUUAAUAAAGAUGCUGCAGCAAGCAGCAGCGAAGCAGCAGCAACACCAGCAGCAGCAGCAGCAGCAGACAGCCGCGUUCACCCCGAUGAAGGCUGCCUAAAGUACACGAUUAAGUUAGGACACUCGGUGUUCUUUCAGCAGGCUUUGGCGGUGCCGGCCAACAGAUUUAGGCCUCCAACAGCAGCAGCAGCAAGAGGGUUAGGAAUGAGGGGUGCAGGGGGUAUGCUGCUGCAUCCACGCACGCAGCAGCUACAGGAUAUACUUCGACUUAACGAAAAAUUAAAGUUUGCUCUCAAUGUAUUAAAACAUCCAAACCCUUUAGAAGCUCUAAAGGACCCGACGCAGUGGAUUACGCUCUUCACAGGAGCAACAGACAAGCAGCAGCAGCAACAGCAGCAGCAGCAGCAGCAGCAGUUGGCGCCGGAGCAGCAGCAGCUUCUGCAGGAAUUCGUCGAACAACAUGCAGCAGGAGGAGGCAAAUGGCUCAGCACCUACGCGCUGCAGCUGCAACUCAAAUUAAAUGAAAUUGUUGACAAUACCAGAGCUGAAAAGCCCCAAGCAGCUCCGCCUGGCAUUCGUCAAUGGAUGGAGAGGAAGGCGGGCGCCAUCAGACAGCGCAUGCAGGGCAAACGCGUCAACUAUGCAGCGCGCACUGUCUUGGCACCUGAUGGCCUUUUGGCCCCUAAUGAGGUGGCGGUGCCUCUGGAGUUUGCAAUGAAGUUGUCUGUUCCAGAGGCGGUGACAGCCUUCAAUGCCGCGCAGUUGAGUCAAAUGAUUCGAAAUGGCCCCAAUACACACCCAGGGGCUCUGGCGCUUCAGGACGAUAAAGGAAACACGUUUAACUUGGAGUUUAUGUCUCGAUCUGCGCGAGCAGCAAAAGCGCUGGAAGUCGAAGCAUUUGCUGCUGGUGGCAGUUGUGAUGGAGGUGUAUUUAAGGUGUACAGACACCUGAGAGAUGGGGAUGUAGUAUUAAUGAAUAGGCAGCCUUCUCUUCAUCGUUUGUCUCUAAUGGCACACUUUGUUAAAGUUGCUUAUCCUCUUUCGCGUGAAUAUCAUAUUAAUACAUUUCUAGAGGCUUCAGGACUUAAGAGAAAGGAUGGGUCUUAUAGACAAGUUACUCAAAGCUUGUUAAGAAAACGCAUGCAGCAGCAGCAGCAACAGCAGCAACAGGAAGAGGGAGAACAGCAGCAACAAGCAGCAGCAGCAGCUGCUGCUGCUGCAGCAAAGGCAGAAAAAGAAAUCGCUGAACGCGUUUUUCGUAUCAACUUCGUUAACUGCAGCAGCUAUAAUGCUGACUUCGAUGGAGAUGAGAUGAAUCUUCAUGUCCCUCAGGAUGCCGUUGCGCGUUCUGAAGCUUGUCAAAUAGUAAACGCCGACUGUCAGUUUACAGUGCCGAAGAACGGAGAUUUAGUUAGAGGCCUCAUUCAAGAUUAUUGUCUCGCUGGGGCUAUCAUGACAUGCAGAGAUACGUUUCUCGAUGUUCACAGCUACCAAACACUUGUCUACGUUGGCUUAGAACGAUAUUUGGGGCAGCAGGGAGGCGGCGUGCGAAUUACUUUAGAUCGGUCAAAGCCUUUAGAGUCUUCUUUCACAAUCUCAGCAGCAGCAGCAAGCAGCAGCAGCAGCAGCAGCAGCAGCCAAAUGGGGAAUAUCGUCACUGUGCCCCCUGCAGUAGUCUGGCCGAAACGCCUCUGGACGGGCAAACAGGUCAUUACAACAAUUCUGAAGACCCUCGUCGAUGGCUUUGCCCGCACUCGCCUCCGCCGCUGCGCUGCAUCUAGCAGCAGCAGCAGCGGCAGCAGCAAAAGAGCAGCAGAAGCGUUAAAAGGCUAUAAAGGUAUUAAUUUACAGUCAUCAUCAAAGACACCGGGUGAUGCUUGGGGAGGUGCAGAAGACGGAGAGAAAGAAGAAGGUCGGGUUAUUAUUAGGGACUCGGAGUUGUUGCAGGGUGUCUUUGAUAAGAAUCAGUUUGGCAGCAGCAGCGGGGGUUUGCUGCACUGCGUUUAUUUGCUGCUGGGCGGUCGCGCUGCUGCGAUGUUGCUGCAGUGCCUCAGCGCUUUAUUCUCUUGCUUCCUCAAGAUGUACGGCGCAACGACGUCGCCUGCUGAUUUUAUGUUGAGGACGGAGGGCAUGGAGAGAAGAAAAGAAUUAAUAAAUAAAGUUAUCGAGGCCGGCACGUUUCUUCAAGAGCAUUUUGCUUGGAGGCUGUCAUCGCACUUAGGCUGUGCUGCUGACCAGGCGCAUCAGCGGCUGCAGCAGCGCGUUGCUGCUGCUAAGAAACGCCAACCUGCAGCAGCAGCAGCAGCAGCAACACCAGAAGCAGCAGCAACGGGGACAGGAACAGAAAAUGCAGCUGCAGCAGAACGGAAAGCUGAAGCAGCAGCAGCAGCUGCUGCUGCAUUUGAAUCUGGUGAUGGUGAGGGAGGGCUGCAGCGCAGGAAGCAUGCGCUGCUAAAGAUGGCUGCAGCAGCAGCAGCAACUGCAGCAGCAGCAGCAGGAGGGGCAGAGGAUGGAAGCUCACCUGCAGCAGAAGAUGCUGCUGCUGCUGCAGGCGUCUUAGCAGAGAAAUUGUCUCUCGCGCGUCUCGCUGAUGCUGCUGCAGAGCUGUUGGACAGCACGCAGCAGCAGCAGCAGCAGAAGCAGCAGCAGCAGCUGAAUCCAUGGCUGCUGCUCAGGCAAAGGCAGCUGCCGCUUGCAGCUGCUGGGGUGCGCCCCACAGCUGCUGCUGCGGCCCAGCAGCUACGAGAGCUGCUGCAAGUGCUGCGACGCAUGCAAGGGAUGCCGCAGCAGCAGCGCGAGCUUUUGCUGCUGCUGAGUUCAUCUUCUCUGCUGCAGCAGCAGCUGCCAAGGGUGGCGAAGCUGUUGCAAACGCAGAGACUGCUGCCGCUUCAUAUGCAGCCUUUGAGCAGCAGCAGCAGCAGCAGCAGCAGCAGCAGCAAGGCGGCAGGCGCAGGUGGAAGCCUCUCGUCGCAGCUGAAAUUCCCUCCACCUAACGUUGUGGUGAGUCUCCAAGCAGCAGCAGCAGCAGCAGCAGCAGAAGCACCAGAAGCAGCAGCAAGGAGCAGCAGCAGCAGCAGAAGCAGCAGAAGCUGGAAGCUCACAUGCAACAAAAGAUAUGCUGCUGCUGCUGCAGGCAUCCUAGCAGCAGCAGCAAUAGCAGCAGCAAGGAGCAGCAGCAGCAGCAGCAGCAGUAGCAGGAGGAAGGAACAGUGGCGCUUCCCGACGGGGGGUCAAUUGAAGGCAGCGCGCGAUAUCUGCGCCCUCAGUUAUAUCAUCCUUCUUGGCUUUGGCAGCAGCAGCAGCAGCAGCAGCAGCAGCAGCAAAGUGCUGCUGCUGCUUUUGCUGCUGGGUCUUUCGAUUCCCCAGAGCGCUAUGUACUGCAAAGUGCAGCAGCAGCUGCUGCUGCAACUGCAAGCAAACAACGAGCGCUGCUGGCGCCCUCCAUCAUUACUCAGGUAG